AUGUCUAUUCCAGCUCAAAACUACAAAGUCGCUGACCUAUCCUUGGCUGCCUUCGGCAGAAAGGAAAUCGAGCUUUCCGAGCACGAAAUGCCUGGUUUGAUGGCCAUCAGAAAGGCGUACGGUGAUGCGCAGCCUUUGAAGGGCGCCCGCAUUGCCGGUUGCUUGCACAUGACGAUCCAGACCGCUGUCUUGAUCGAGACGCUUGUCGCGCUAGGUGCUGAGGUCACGUGGACGUCGUGCAACAUCUACUCCACGCAGGACCACGCAGCCGCUGCGAUUGCGGCCUCCGGCGUGCCAGUGUUUGCCUGGAAGGGUGAAACCGAGGAGGAAUACUUGUGGUGCAUUGAGCAGCAGCUAUUUGCAUUCAAGGAUGGCAAGAAGCUAAACCUGAUCCUGGACGAUGGUGGCGACUUGACUACCUUGGUGCACGAGAAGUACCCAGAGAUGUUGGACGACUGUUUCGGUGUCUCCGAGGAGACCACCACCGGUGUCCACCACUUGUACCGUAUGUUGAAGGAGGGCAAGUUGAAGGUGCCAGCCAUCAACGUCAACGACUCCGUGACCAAGUCCAAGUUCGACAACUUGUACGGCUGCAGAGAGUCCCUUGUCGACGGUUUGAAGAGAGCCACUGACGUGAUGUUGGCCGGUAAGGUCGCCGUCGUUGCCGGCUACGGUGAUGUCGGUAAGGGCUGUGCCGCUGCCUUGAGAGGCAUGGGUGCCCGUGUGAUUGUCACCGAGAUCGACCCUAUCAACGCCUUGCAGGCUGCUAUGGAGGGCUAUCAGGUCACCACUAUGGACCAGUGCGCCAGCUACGGCCAGGUUUUUGUCACCACCACCGGCUGCAGAGACAUCAUCAAGAAGGAGCACUUCUUGGCCAUGCCUGAGGACGCCAUUGUGUGCAACAUCGGCCACUUCGACAUCGAGAUCGACGUCGCCUGGCUAAAGGCCAACGCCGUCGAGGCCGUCAACAUUAAGCCACAAGUCGACCGCUACUUGCUUUCCUCCGGCAGACACGUCAUCCUGCUUGCCGAUGGUAGACUAGUCAACCUAGGCUGUGCCACUGGCCACUCCUCGUUUGUCAUGUCUUGCUCUUUCUCCAACCAGGUCUUGGCACAGAUUGCUCUCUUCAAGGCCAAUGAUGAGGCCUUCAGACAGAAGUACAUUGAGUUCCAGAAGACCGGCCCAUUCGACAUCGGCGUGCACGUCCUACCUAAGAUUUUGGACGAGGCCGUCGCCAAGUUCCACCUUGACAAGUUGGGUGUUAAGUUGACCAAGCUUUCUUCUACUCAAUCUGAGUACCUAGGUAUCCCAGAGGAGGGUCCAUUCAAGGCCGACCACUACAGAUACUAA